UAUAGCAGUACAAAGGAAGCCGUGUGACUAGUACAUGUGACAAUCAACUGAAAUCCUUGAAGAUGGUGCCGAUAAUAUUAUAUUUUAUAGUAACUUGUAUUUGUCCAGUUCAACUACUUUGCUUCAAUGAAGCAGGUAUCAUAGCAGAUAACCGUUAUUUGGAAAACAACUUAUUUGGCAUCAUUAAGAGGAGAGUGUCCUCUGCACGUGAGUGUGCCGUUGAAUGCCAUGCCCAUCUUGGUUGUUUCUCAUUCGGAUUCGAACCUGUACUUCACACUUGCCACCUUAACAAGAAAGACAGUUCAACAGCACCAACCGACCUUGUUGCGAAACCACAAUGGAAACACAGUGAUAUUUCUCUCUGGCCGAAGGAGCUGAUGGGUCCGUGCGCAGAUCACACGUGUCCUCCAGGGACGCGAUGCAGUGUGCAUCGUGUGACACAGGCGCCGCUGUGUUUGGAAGCUGAUGUCUAUAAACCGGAUGUAUGUUCCGAAGACCCUAUUCCAAACGCAACCUGUAGUUCUGAGUCCAAGAUGGCAGGGAGUAUCAGAUCUUGUACCUGUCACAGCAACUACAGAGAUGUACCGCUGGACGUCGUCAGUGUCAACAACACCUGCCUGGUCAAUGGCAGCUGGACUCCACCCUUGAUUAACUGCACAGGUCCAUACAUCAGACUGACCACGCCUAGUAUCAGCACAUACACCUUCCAACAGAUAUCUGCCAGCAACCUACACACAAUAACAGGCGGCACCUCUACCAUGGUGUUUCUGGUCAAGGCGUGCCACGAUGCCAACUUUGCUCUACACACAAGUCCUAACAACUACACCACUGAUGUGUAUGAAGUGGGCUUUGGUGGGUAUGCGAACACGAAAUCCUUUAUUCGUGAAUGCAUUCAGUGCAGUAUCAUGGAUUCCCAUAUUGAAUCAUCUAUUGUAUCAUGUAACGAGUACAGACCAUUUUGGCUCAGCUGGAAGAAUGGCGUCAUCUCUGCGGGAAGAGGACCGGUUGCUGGGACCCAGAAAUUCUUGCAAUGGACGCCAACUCAAGCCAUUGUGAUAAAUCACGUUAGUAUCAGUACCUUUCGUAAUAAUCCUGGUACGUGGCUCUUCCGAGGGCAGUAAAAUACUCACCAAUGAAGAACCUCAUGACUGCGCUUUUUGUCACCCUUCAACCCCGUGUUAUCAUUUACUUGUUCCCUAUCCUUACUCUCGAUAUGCAGCCUUUUAUACCCCGAAAUAUACAGACACUAUGAUCAAAUCCCACCGUUGACAAAAUAUAUAUAGUGUUGUCUGCUGGCAUUAAUGAUACUGGCUACAACAGGGGAACUACACUGAAGGACAUUUCGCAUGGAACCAGGAACAACGGUAAUUGGAGGCAGGGUGAAGAAAACUGAAUUGACCUUCGGCCUCAAUCACUCCGCCCGAGCACGAGAGAGAAGACAAACUAUAGAUAGAGGGGUGGCCUGGGCCAAGAUGAUUGUAGGGUGUUUCAAAAAGGUUCACCUACAAUUUCCCCUUUGUUGACUGGGUCCAUAAAAUUUCUGGGAGCUCCCUGGGAGCUCUAGAUUUUGGGGACUUCCCAGAAUCUACGCCCCUUUCCCAGAAUCUACCCCCAGGGGGUAUAAUCUGGGAGUUCCCAGAAUCUACCCCGGUGUAUAAUCUGGGAGCUCAUCCCAGAAUCUACCCUGGGUUAUAGCUAUAAUCUAGGAGCUCCAAGAAUCUACUGCAGCCCUGUUUGAUUGAAACAUUUAAACAUUAUUUCAUGAAUGUCCUUGUAGUUUUCUUUUGGGGGAUGCAUCUAACUCAGUCUUGAUCUCUCCUGGUCAAUUUCCGUAACAACAUUGUCAUCUCAUGUCUCUAAUUAGUUUUAAAACAUUCAUAUCCCAGAAUCUACCCCCAGGGGAUAUAAUCUGGGAGUUCCCAAAAUGGUGUAGAUAAUACCAGUAAUGAAUUGUUAUCGAAUUCAAAUAUUCAAAAUGUUGUUUUAUACAUGCAAAGAAAAAAUAAAUAUUGUUUAAACUAACAAAAAAAUAUCUUACAAAUCACAUUGACUGUAACUCAUUGUAGUCAUCAUCAAUUUGUAAGUUUAAAGUUGGUGUUGAGAAUUGUGUGAGGAAAUGUCUUACACUUAUGUUAUUGAAUAAGCUUUAAUAUGCUUUGUGAAUAGACCUACCUACUUUUGAUUGCAUGUAAAAUCAUUUUGAAACCAACUUGUGUCUGUAAGUACCUUUGUUUGGGGAGGCAUGUAUCACAGUAUAAAGAAUAUAUUCUGACUAUAGAAAACCAUCAUUAAAACCAUCUAAUUAUUUGUCCAUUUACAUUCUAUUUCUUCUAAAUAUAGUCAGAUGGGUGUAAUAAAUUUCACGAAGCAAUUGUCAUUGUUUUAGUCAGAGUUUUUAUAUUAUUAUCAAUAACAAAUAGAGAAAACUAACAUAAAAUAUGAGAGCAAUUUAUUCUGAAAACCAAUAUCCAUUGAUUCCUUGAAUUAUUUAAUGUCGCUGGACAUUUAUUACAACGUCAAAGUGUUCAUGGAGGUUGGUCAGAUACACAGCACCAAUGGACAGUUUCUCAAGUGUGAAUGAUGCUGGGUAGCAUAGCCAUUUCAGCUCCUUUCCAUAAUGCGUAUAGACAACAAUGUCAGUUUGCAGAAGAGAAGCAGUGGCCAUAAUCUCUGCAUCCGACUGCAUAGACCUCUUGUAUACACGGGCGGUCGGGUAGCCUAGUGGUAAAAGCGUUCGCUCGUCACG